AAUAUUCAGGGAAUUCUGAAAUUGAUUUCACCGUGAAAAAUAUUAUUAAAAAUUCUCACAGGCGAGUGUUUAAAUAAAUUGAUGGGGAUUGUUAUUUUUAAAAUGAAUAAUUAAUUAAGAAAUUAAUUGAUAAUACUUUUUUGUUUCUAUUUUACUGUCCCCUAUAUUUAUAUUAUAAAAAUAUAUUCUAAAUUUGUUGAUUAAAUUUAUUUUACGUUAUUCACUCUAUUGCAAAUGCGGAAUAAUUUAAAUUCAAUAAUAUUAAUUUAUUUAAUUCAUCAAUACGGCCAGGUCGUUCUAUCUGAAUAAAAAAAAAUAAUUCAACUUACAACUCUGAUGGUAUGAUAUCAAAUAUAAAACAAGAUAUUUUAAGAAUAUCUCAUGCAAAGUACAUAGCUGCUAUUUAACUCGGUGGAGCCUUAAAUAAUUUUGUAGAAUGUUGCAUCCGUAUAGUUUACUGAAAACGGAUUUGUGAACUAGCAAAACUAGCACAACAUAAUUUACCACGUGCAAGCCAGGAAGAAGAAUAAAGACGCACAUUCUUCAACCAUUUUCUACAGCAACUGUUGAAGGUGGUGAGAAUGUAACCUUAUUGUCGUAAAAAACAAUUUAGUUAAUUAUGUUAAGUACGUCUUUUUUGUUCUGCACUUCGUUGAGUGUCUCUUCGCAGACACGCCGUCGAUGUACACUCUUUGACUUGUCAACACUUUCUGCUUUCGGCCUGCUGGUUUGCCCUUUAUAUAAGAUUUUUUGCUACAGCUGCGAGCCGAAGUUAAAUGCACGAGCGUGAUCCAAAAUCUUCCGACCGAACACUAUAAAAAGAUGGACAUUCGACCGAGAGGAAUAAGAAGUUUGCAAUAUAUUUUACUCUGUGAAAAUGAGCAAUUCAGAAGAUUUAAAACUUCUAGUAGCCUCAGAGGUCGAGAAAUAUCCAUGUUUGUGGAAAAAACAAGACCGCUCACAUAAAAAUCUACAGCGACGCAACAAUGCGUGGGAGAACGUUGCCAAAACUCUGAAUAUCCAAGUUACCGAGGCCAACAAAAUAUGGAAGAGCGUCAAAGAUGCUCGACGGUACCACAAGCAACGGAAAAUUUCUGCCAAGAGUGGUGAUGCUGCUUCAGAAUCGGAGGACAGCGUCGAUGGUACAGAAUUAAGCAGCGCCACACAGUUUUUGGACGAAUUAACUGCUGAAAACCUGCGUUCAACUGUUUCGUUGGGAGGCGAGGAAGUCGUUUCACCCGACGAAGAUGGAACCGUGGAAACAAGCAGUGCGUAUUCAUACGCAAAUGCUUCAACAUCUUCUGCCCGAAAGCGUAGACAGGAAGCUACGAAUGAUCCCGCUGUUGAUGCUGCGCACAUGAUCAACCAGACGCUGAAGGAGUAUAUGAAUCGCAGCACUUCCACAGAAUUGCAGCAUGCGGGGUUGUGGAUGGAAGUAGAAUCUUAUUUUAAAGAAAUGGAUUCAAAAACGGUCCGAAAUCUAAAAAUGAAAAUAUUGAAUUUAGUGCAUGAAGCAUGGACAGAAGAAGAAAAUAAAAAAGUUUAAAAAUAAUCUGUUAGUUGCACUUACUUAUGCUUAAUUUUGUCCAGAAUUCAAACAACAGCUUUGCCAAGCAACUUUGCC